GGCAAAGCGGCCUUUCAGUCCUGGUUCAAGCUGCGAAGCCACUGCCAGCUUCUUUCUUAGGCGCGCGGAUGCAUGCGCCGCGAUAACGGGGACUUGAUCCUUCGCGCCUUGGCCCCUUAUACCCUUGCCUUACGCUGCGCCGUAGUCGCCCGCUGCUGCUUAUUUCGGAUUCCACACCACGAACCACCAAUGCUACUCCAAGCUGACCAGAAAACAGGGCCCAGGAGGGCGAUCCCGGCCGCGACACUGAAUGCGAGCUAGCUGUGAGAUUGCCUGUCCCAGCUCCCACACCCCAUUGGUUCUUAGAUCCUGUUGCAACAUGCUGCAGGGGCACUUCAUGUCAAACCCGCCGCAUACCGGGAUACACAGUGUCUCUUUUAACCCCACGACCAGCGCUUGCCGUGGCUCGUCGCCCUCCGGUUUCUCUUUUCCCUCUUGAUGCAGUCUUGACAGGUGCACCACCAACGGAACAAUGCGGGUAGAGGCUCUCUUGGUAUGUGCCGCCCUCUUUGGCGGUACCACUGUGCUGGGCCAAGUAACACCACAAGCGAACAUCAAGUUCAUUACUCCACCGAAUAUCCAAGAAGGCGAACAUGAUAUGAGGGAUAAUCCGGUUCAUGAAGAAGGCAGUCUGCUCCCAAUCACCUGGUCGCCAGCACCCGAGGGAACGAGAAUCAGUCUGACCCUCUUUCAACACAACACCACGGACGGCGGGUCUAUUGGCGACUUUGAAUACAUCACGCAGGGCACUGUCGGGAUUACACGGCACCCAUGGAUCGUGGCCACAACCAAAGACCUGAAGGACUCGGACGUCUUCAGAAUCAUCUUGUUCAUCGAGGGAGAAACAGGAGGCCACACCGGCACCGAGUUCUUCAACAUCACCCGAAAGAAAACCACAACAACAACAACAACCACAUCCACCACCACCCUGCCCACGUCCAUCGACAAAGACGACGAAUCCAACAGCUCCUCCACAACCGCCAAAUCAACCCCAACCGACACAGAAAACAGCAACAACUCCGCCCAAACAACCAACCGCUCAGAAGACAUCACAUCCUCCUCCUCCGGCCUCUCCACCGGCGCCGCAGCAGGAAUCGGCAUCGGCGCAACCGGUGCCGUGAUCCUCCUCGCAGGAGCAGCAUUCUACUUCUUCUUCUUCAAACCCCGCCAAGAAAAGAAACAAGCCGCUCUUCUCGCCGCGAGCGGUGUUGGUGGUGCAGGGUUUCCAUCACCAGGAGUGACACCACAUCAGCAUUACUCCCAGGUGCCGAGCCAGCAUGGGCCACCGUCGAUGUACUCGGGUUAUGCGGGGAUUCCACCGUCUGUGUCGCCUGGUCCGCCGGGGAUGACGGAGUACAAGCCGCCGAAUUAUUACGGGGUGCCGCAGCCGCCAAGUGAGAUGAGUGGUGAUUGGAGGGGCCAGCCGCAUGAGAUGGCGGCGGGGCAGAUGGCGAGUUAUGAGUUGCCGGGGCAUCAGCAGAGGUAAUGGAAGGGGGGGGUAGACGAUGGGUAAUGGGCAUGGAAGAGGAGUUUAGAUGGUUGAUAUUGAGCCGGAAGGGAAAAUGGAUAGGGCGAUUGAUACCUAGGUGUUUGGGUAACUGUAUUCAUGAAGGAAAAUAAGGGCUGUAUUAUACCACGUUAAUGGACAUGCUUUCUUCGUUUUGUUUAUGUGCGGGCUUUCGUCUUACUCUGGUGUGCAGCCGAGCGUUUAAACGUCCGACCUUCUUGUCUAUACAAACCUUCUGUCGUGUCUUUCUGGUUGU